AUGCCGCCGGAUGUUGACAACAAGGCUCUUGCUCGCCAGAAGAGAAGACGCACCAGCAAGGAAGACGAGGACGUCCUAAAAUCCGAAUACCUCAGGAAUCCGAAGCCAGACAAGGCGGCACGUCUCGAAAUUGUCCGAAAAGUCGCGCUUGGCGAGAAGGAAGUUCAGAUCUGGUUUCAAAAUAAACGCCAAAACGACCGCCGUCGCUCACGGCCCCUCGAACCAUCUUCCACGGCAUCGCUGAUGUCUUCUUCUUCCACCAUGUCGGACCCGCUCACCGAGGACGAGACGGUAGCCAUAGCACACAAUAUCGAUAACGCGCCGGAGCCGAAAGAGUCGGACGAGUGCCCCAAGUCCGACCCACCAGAGCAGCCUGCAACACCAGAACUUACUUCAGACGAAACCAUCCCAGAACCGCGCACCAUCGACACUGCCAUUUCCGCGCUCGAUCCAGGAAGCUCCAAUGAAGCAGUCGUAGAACCAUCGACCGAAGCCCAAAGUACAGAAAAUGCAUCUGCUGAAGUAAGCAACUCGCAACAGACUGCACCAUCCUCACAGGGCACCGCACAACAACGCACAUCAUGGAUAUCCAACCGUCGCAGCGCGUCAUUCGUCCGAUAUCUCGAAGACUACACGCCCGAAGUCAUCACCUUUCCGAACCCUCCGCAGCCUUCUGUGUCGCCCGACAAUGCGACAAAGACCCCUUCCCGACCACUGAAGCGCAAGCAUUCCUUUGUACGAAUAUCAACCAAUGAGGACGGCACAGCACGCAUCGUCACCGAUCUUGACAAAACCCCAUCACCCCCUAAAUCAAAGAAGACGCCUUCUUCCUUCUCUCGUGCUGCUGCUGGCCUGCGACGGAGCUACAGCGCAGCUGGACUGAACGAUCGCCUAGCCGCUGCUGCCCGAGGAGAGCCAAGCCCAAAGGUACCUAGGACAGCGUCGAACAUAGGAAGGAGUCGAGAUUCGCGCGCGUGGGAGUUCUGGUGUGACCCAGAGAGUCGGUCAACAACCAGCUUAAUAACACGUGCGGAGCAAGAAGAGAGUGGCAGUGCGGCUGACGCGAUUGGCAUACUACGCGCGAAUCGAAGAAUAUUAGCACAGAACCAAGCUCGCCAAAACAGUAGCCCCUUGAUGGCACGUCACAGCUCACACAAAGUGCAGGGCAGCCCACUCGUUAAAAAGUCCCGCGGUGCUAUGCAACGCGCUUCGACCAUCAAUGGUCGCUUUUCUAACGACGACUAUGCCGACUACAAGAAGGGUGGUGAGAGCACUGAGUCGGACGAGUUCCCACAAACGGAAAGCGACAAGGAGAACUGGGAGCCUGACGCGCCCAAGUCUGUGCGACGCGAUCGCCAGGUCGCCACUACACCUCCUGCUUCCCGUGCAGCUCGCCGGAUACUGGGAGAGAACACAGACCUGAUGUCACAGACCUCAAGUCUCGGUGCAAUGCUAGCCAAGGACAAGCAAAAAGGCGGUAAGGGUGUCGUCGACCCAGAGCAAGACGAUGAACUGCGGCAGUUUAUGCACGGUGACGAUGCGAGUGGUCGUUCAAGUAUAAACUCUGCAGAAGAGGCGGGAUGUGUAGAGGGCCUGCUGAAGCUGAGCCAGGGUCAAUGGAGAUGA